GCGCCACAUUGUAUCCUAUCAGGCGAGGAGAGGGUGAUGUCACCUGCGAGUUGGUAACCUACGAGCGGCUGUGAAGGAAACUGUUUAACCGGAUCCCAUUGUACCCGGAGCUCAAGAGCCGCCUUUCCAGCAUGCAGGGGCUGCUCAGAGUUUAGUUAUAACAAGAAAUAGGACAGAAUUCAGCCAUGGCCCCAAGGAAGAGAGGUGGACGGGGGAUUUCGUUCAUCUUCUGCUGUUUCCGAAACAAUGACCAUCCAGAAAUCACAUACCGGCUUCGGAAUGAUAGUAACUUUGCGCUUCAGACCAUGGAGCCAGCGCUGCCAAUGCCCCCUGUGGAGGAGCUGGAUGUCAUGUUCAGUGAACUCGUGGAUGAACUUGACCUCACAGACAAACACAGGGAAGCUAUGUUUGCACUUCCAGCUGAGAAAAAGUGGCAGAUAUACUGUAGCAAGAAAAAGGACCAGGAAGAAAACAAGGGAGCUACAAGUUGGCCCGAGUUCUACAUUGAUCAGCUCAAUUCCAUGGCUGCUAGAAAAUCCCUGCUGGCUCUUGAGAAGGAAGAGGAGGAGGAGAGGAGCAAGACUAUAGAGAGUUUGAAGACGGCACUAAGGACAAAACCCAUGAGGUUUGUAACCAGAUUCAUCGACUUGGAUGGCCUGUCGUGUAUCCUCAAUUUUCUGAAGACCAUGGACUACGAGACCUCCGAGUCUCGGAUACAUACCUCUCUCAUUGGUUGUAUAAAGGCACUAAUGAACAACUCUCAAGGUCGGGCUCACGUUCUGGCUCAUUCUGAGAGUAUUAAUGUAAUCGCUCAGAGUCUGAGCACAGAGAACAUUAAAACAAAGGUGGCCGUGCUGGAAAUCUUGGGCGCCGUGUGCCUGGUUCCUGGGGGCCACAAAAAGGUUCUGCAGGCCAUGCUGCACUACCAGAAGUAUGCCAGCGAGAGAACCCGCUUCCAGACAUUAAUUAACGACUUGGAUAAAAGCACUGGGCGUUACCGGGAUGAAGUGAGCCUGAAGACUGCUAUCAUGUCCUUCAUCAACGCGGUGCUGAGCCAAGGUGCAGGAGUGGAGAGUUUAGACUUCAGACUUCAUCUUCGCUAUGAAUUUCUGAUGUUGGGAAUUCAGCCUGUUAUAGAUAAAUUAAGGGAACAUGAAAAUUCAACCUUAGACAGGCAUUUAGACUUUUUUGAAAUGCUCCGAAAUGAAGAUGAGCUAGAAUUUGCCAAAAGAUUUGAACUGGUUCACAUAGACACAAAAAGUGCAACUCAGAUGUUUGAGCUGACCAGAAAGAGGCUGACGCACAGUGAAGCCUACCCUCACUUCAUGUCCAUCCUGCACCAUUGCCUCCAGAUGCCUUAUAAGAGGAGUGGCAACACUGUUCAGUACUGGCUGCUGCUGGACAGAAUUAUACAGCAAAUCGUCAUCCAGAAUGACAAGGGCCAGGACCCCGACUCCACGCCCUUGGAGAACUUCAAUAUUAAGAAUGUCGUACGGAUGUUGGUCAAUGAAAACGAAGUUAAGCAGUGGAAAGAGCAAGCAGAGAAAAUGCGGAAAGAGCACAGUGAACUCCAACAGAAACUGGAGAAGAAAGAGAGAGAGUGUGAUGCCAAGACCCAGGAGAAGGAGGAGAUGAUGCAGACCCUCAAUAAGAUGAAGGAGAAGCUGGAAAAGGAGACGACGGAGCACAAGCAGGUCAAACAGCAGGUGGCGGACCUCACGGCACAGCUUCAUGAGCUCAGCAGGAGGGCUGUCUGUAUCCCAGGAGGACCCUCGCCCGGAGCCCCAGGAGGUCCCUUUCCUGCAUCUGGGCCUGGUUCUCUCCUUCCUCCCCCACCACCUCCACCCCUUCCUAGUGAAGCAUUUCCUCCUCCACCACCUCCCCUUCCUCCCGGGGGUCCUCCCCCUCCCCCAGGGCCUCCUCCAUUAGGGGGAAUCUUGCCACCUCCUGGUGCACCAGUGAGUCUGGCACUCAAGAAGAAAAACAUCCCUCAGCCCACCAACGCCCUGAAAUCCUUCAACUGGUCUAAGCUGCCAGAGAACAAGCUGGAAGGAACAGUAUGGACUGAAAUUGAUGAUACAAAAGUCUUCAAAGUUCUGGAUCUUGAAGACCUGGAAAGAACUUUCUCUGCCUACCAGAGACAGCAGGAUUUCUUUGUGAACAGUAACUCCAAGCAGAAAGAAGCAGAUGCCAUUGAUGACACGCUGAGUUCCAAGCUUAGAGUCAGAGAGCUGUCGGUGAUUGAUGGUCGGAGAGCUCAGAAUUGCAACAUCCUUCUGUCGAGGUUGAAAUUAUCCAAUGAUGAAAUCAAACGAGCCAUUCUAACAAUGGAUGAACAGGAAGAUCUGCCCAAGGACAUGUUGGAACAACUUUUGAAGUUUGUUCCCGAGAAAAGUGACAUUGACCUGCUAGAAGAACAUAAACAUGAGCUGGAUCGGAUGGCCAAGGCUGACCGUUUCCUGUUUGAGAUGAGCAGAAUUAAUCAUUAUCAGCAAAGAUUGCAAUCGCUGUACUUCAAAAAGAAGUUUGCAGAGCGCGUGGCAGAAGUGAAACCCAAAGUGGAAGCAAUUCGUUCUGGCUCAGAGGAGGUGUUCAGGAGCAGCGCCCUGAAACAGCUGCUAGAGGUGGUUCUAGCUUUUGGAAAUUAUAUGAAUAAAGGCCAAAGAGGCAAUGCAUAUGGAUUCAAGAUCUCCAGCCUCAACAAGAUUGCUGACACCAAAUCCAGUAUUGACAAGAACAUUACCCUUUUGCACUAUCUAAUAACUAUUGUGGAAAAUAAAUACCCAAAAGUUCUCAAUCUAAAUGAAGAGCUGCGGGAUAUUCCUCAAGCAGCCAAAGUCAACAUGACUGAGCUGGACAAAGAAAUAAGCACCUUGAGAAGCGGCCUGAAGGCAGUGGAGACCGAGCUGGAGUAUCAGCAGUCUCAGCCCCCACAGCCGGGAGACAAGUUCGUGUCUGCGGUCAGCCAGUUCAUCACCCUGGCCAGCUUCAGCUUCUCUGACGUGGAGGAUCUCCUAGCCGAAGCUAAGGACCUGUUUACCAAAGCAGUGAAGCACUUUGGAGAAGAGGCUGGCAAAAUGCAACCAGAUGAGUUCUUUGGGAUUUUUGAUCAGUUUCUUCAAGCUGUGUCUGAAGCCAAACAGGAGAAUGAAAACAUGAGAAAGAGAAAGGAGGAGGAGGAGCGGCGGGCUCGCAUGGAAGCACAGCUCAAAGAACAACGGGAAAGGGAGCGUAAAAUGAGAAAAGCAAAAGAGAAUAGUGAAGAGAGUGGAGAGUUUGAUGACCUCGUUUCAGCCUUACGCUCGGGUGAAGUAUUUGACAAAGACCUUUCUAAACUGAAACGGAACCGCAAACGCAUUUCCAACCAGGUGACGGACAGCAGCCGAGAGAGACCAAUCACAAAACUUAAUUUUUAAUUUUCCUUACAUACUUUUCUAGAAAGCUCAGUAGCGGCCCUUUGAAGUGAGUAGAACUUUUCAUUACAAUGCCUUGCAAUCCAAACAGGCAAUUUCUUCCCUCGUCUGUGAGUGGAUGUGUGAAUGUGUGUAAGUCAAUGUAUGUGUAUAUAUCUGUUAAAAAAUGUAUAUAGCAGUCUGAGUGUUGUCUGGAGACCUAUAUGUAUGGUUAAAAAAAUGAUAUUUUAAUGUAUGUGCCCAGAACUUCUUCGUGUAUGCAUUCAUAUUGAGUGUGGCUCAUUUUCUUUCCCUGAACACUGUGAUUGUUCAGAAGCACAAUACUCUCCUGAAAGAGAUGACAGACAUUCCCUAGCAUUUAAGAAAAAAAAAAAAGAGACAGAGAGAGAGAGAAAGAAAAAAAAAAAGAAUAAGACUUGUGAACUAUUUUAUGGUUUCCCAACUUGGUUUAGUUUGAAAGUAUUUUUGUUGGUAGAAACGGAGUUGGAAGAAUACAGAUUUAAAAUGGACUCUGGUGGUUGACGGUGUGAUCCUGGUGUACUGCAUCAGCGUUGAAGAGGACUAGCUUAACAUUUCCACGUUGGGGUAGGGAUACAGUCUGUGAGUGUCCAUGGCGAGCAUCGUAUGCACAUUUGUCUUUGUAGAAUGUCAAUCAGAAUUCUUUCAUAUAUUAAAACCUGAACAUCAAUUUCUUUUCCCCUAAUUUCAUCAAAUUUUCUGCCAAGUUCUCUGGAUGAUUUCUUCACAUUGAUUUGAGAGAAAAGAAAAAACUAUCCGAAUGCCACCCACACCUAUGUUAAAGGACAGGAUUGCCAGAACCUGUUCGUUGUUUUAGCAAUAUAGAUAUAUAACCCAGAAAAAUAAAACGUCCUAUCCAGGACUUCACAAAAGAAUUCCCUGAAGGGAUAAAGACUAUUUUUAAAAUGCAUUUUUUUCAAUGGGGUGCUUUUUUUUGUUUUCAGUGUCUUCUAUUUUCUGUGUAGUAGGGCAAGCUGCAUCUUGUGUAAAUACGGAUCUGGACCACACUUAGAGUACACACAGAAUGUCAGCUGCAUCCACGGAGAUGCCCAGAUCUAGUUAUCUCAAAGAAUCUUUGACGUGGUUGCUGUUCUGUGGUGUCAUUUUAAAUUGUGUGUCAAUAAAGCUACCUGUAAAUUUUCAGUCCAAAAAAAAAAUAUAUAGCUCUCAGGGAGAAAUGAAUAAAAAAUAAUGAGCAUUAGAAAAUAAAAUAUAGAUGCUUACCAUUGACCUGCCAACUCAUGCUAUCCUUAAAUUAUAUGAUAUAUGAAGAGGACUGUUACUUUUUUCUUCGGCUUUAUUUAUUUAUAGUAUGAUGUAUGGGAGGGGCUAGCAUUUUCUCUUUUCUUUCCAUCUAUCCUGUUGUGGUUGGGUUUCCUGUGGAGAGAGUAGUUUUUCCUAUUGCACUAGAACAUUAUUUACUCACUAAAUUGAGUUUUUUAGUCAACUAACAAAUAUUUAUUAAGCACUUACUAUGUACCAGGCAUAGUAGAGCUUGUAGUGGUCAGAAAGACAGAGUCCCUGCCCCUUCCAAGGAGCUUACAUUCUACAGGGGGUUUUCAGGGGUAAAAAGAAUACCAACAUGCACUGUACAGGAAUCAUUCUAUUUAAAGAUAACUUGUAUAGACUGUAACGCUUAGUGCAGAUGGCAAGUAUCUGCACUGUGUGAAAGCUGUGAAAAGCGCUCUAAGUGUCGACAGGAGCUGUGGUUUUACAUGACACGUUUCCCUCACUGCUGCAAACUUGGUGACUUUCUACCCAUUAUAUGGAAGUAAAUGACUCUGUGAGUAAAGCAGUCAUACACACAAAGUAGAGGUGACACUCUCCCAGCCUCUAGGUUACCACGGUCUGCAAACACACCGAGCUCAAGGUGCUGAUGGAGCCUGGAGAGAGGAAGUGGGUGCGAUGGAUGGAUUGGCUUCUCUGCUCCUGAACUAAAGUGCCUCUCUGUAUAUUCUUUUCUAUUUGUAGCAGGAGAAAUUUGGUCCAGCGGAAUUUGAAAACUGUAUUUUGAAAAUGGCUUAGUCUUACGGUUUAAGGAAUGGACAGGUGGGAAGAGAGUCAGAGAAAGGAGCAAGUUUGUGCAGCAUGUCCCUCUUGCCCUUUUUUAAUCAUCUUCAUUUGAUGUGGCCAUCCUGGUAGGCCUCCUUUUCCAUUACCAGUUUUUGGUUUAUUUCCCUGAAAACUGUGUGUAGAUAAUUCCAUGUGCCAUUGUUUAAAAACAAAAACACAAAAACAAAAACAAAAACCUACUUUUUAGACUGGUGCUGGUGUAAGUAGCCAUUUUUCUCUUAUGGGUGUGUAUUUUAAAGGUUUUUGUUUGUUUAUUUGUUUUUUAAAUUAAUGCCAAAAAGAAAAUGCAUUAUAAUUUGUAAACUUAAUUGUCUUGUAUUUUAUUAGCUCAGUAGUUGAAACCACUUAGGCUUUAGUGCAAAACUAUUGUUAGAGUACCAAGAAAAAGAUGUUAUGUGUGUGAUGAGACUGUACAUUUUUUUUUUAAAUAGCAAUAUGCAAUAAAGAUGACUUCAUUGGGUGUAA